AUGAUUCCUUUUUGUGAGCAUCUAAUAAUAGUAGUAGUAGCAGUAGUAGUAGUAGUAGUAGUAGUAUCCUCCACCCUCUCCUGGCCCCCCGUCGCCCUCUACAGUGGGGGGCCCAUCGGCACCGGGGCCCCGCUCGUUGCGCCGUUCACUAUCAACAUCAUCAGCGUUGGCGUUGGCAUUCUUAUAGGGCAAACGCAGCUUCUUGAAUUACGACGAGUGAACACAGAUCACAUCAAUGAGCAGACGGGGUCGGCUUGGGUUAUUUGUAUGUCAAUUCUGGCGGCGGUGAUCAUGGAGGAAACUGGAGCCAUGCCACAUGGGCACCUGGAGAAAAGCGUACCCCUUUACUUGGACUCUGUUGCGCCAUCGGCUCCGACGCAAUCUGUCAGACCCCUGUCCAACCACUCCAUCUCCCCAUGGACGUCCAACAUCACCUACGAAAUGGAUCGCGUGCCCCACUUCAUCACGGAGGCGCGCUGCUCCCUGCAAGGCUGCCUGAACAGCCACGGCAUCGAGGACCGCAGUCUAAAGUCGGAGCCCAUCUGGUUCCAGACACUUUUCCUGCGGAGGGUGAAGAACCCCACGGACAAGAAAUACCACUACCGCCUCGAGUCCAAGCUCAUCACCGUGGGCUGCACCUGUGUACGACCCAGCAUCGUCUACCAGCAGUGA